ACACACAGAAUAUUUCAGAUAUUAAUUUAUGAGAUGGAUUUUCGUACAGAUACAUUUCAUGUAAUAGAAUUUGAAGAUGGGAUACAAGUAGUACCGGAUAAUUGGAUUCAAAGAGAUAUAAAUGAAUGUUGGUAUCCAAAUUAUAAAACAGAUGAAGAUGUAAAUAAAGCGAUUAAAAGACGACAAAUACCUCAAGAUGAUUGGUUAUCUUGGCCAAUUAAACGACUUUUUAGUAUAUCUGAUUCAUAUGAUGAUGCACGUAAAAAAUUAAAAAAAGCUGAAAUGCAUUCUGAUAUUAAUACGGAUACUGAUGAUAAAACACGAAGAAAAAUCAGAGCUAAAAAAUCAGUUCAUAUUGAAAGCGAUUCUACCGAUUCUGAGAGCUGCUUACCGCCAUUUCCAAAAGUGCCUAAGAUUCAUACGAGUAAAUACAAGAGAUAA